UUUGUCUAUUAGCAAUAAUUUUCUUUUAUUCGCCUUCAAAAAAAGGAAGUUUCUGUGCCCCACCCUAUAUGUCCUUAUGAAAGAGUUUACUUGUUUCUUCUGACUGCUUUCAUUUAAAUUGUUUAUGUUUAUGUCUCCAAAACUCAGACUUUGGAUUGUACAGAUAUUUUAAAGUUGCAUCUAGUCUCCUUUGAAAUUCAUUAACCUCUCAUGAAGGGGCUCUCUACAGGCUUUAUAUAAUUAGGUGGGGUGUUUUAGUUACUAGCUGCAUUGCACAGAUUUCAAAGUCUUGCUACUUACAGUGAUGAGAAAUAUCAAUUUUACUGAAAUGUAAAUCUGUCUUAACAAAAAUACAAACUCCUCCCCUCUGUAGGCUCCUUCAUCAGAAAGUUGAGCCUAACAGGUAACCAUUCAUUCAGAGGAGCAGCAAUUCCUGUUCAACCCUGUGAUGCUCACUUAGACACAAUAUGUGAGGGUUUAUGUUGUCUAUUUCAAAAGAGUGUAGUAAUUCAUCACUUUUGCUUCUCAAGCCUCUGGUAUUUUGGUAAAAGAUAUUUAUUGCAUUUAAUGUUUCUGCAUUUUGUCUGUGAAUUUCCAAGACUACUGGACUGCAUUUAAUAUGUGUUAGGCAUCUUGGUGUUUUUUAAUUUAAUUUAUAAAGCUCCCAUGAAGUUGGCAGCUGUGGAGAGAGAUUGGUACAUGAAAAUGUAAUCUGUGUAGAGACUUCAUCUUUAACACAUGCUAUAUACAUAUACAGUUCCAUCUUAUGAGAGAUGUAUAAUAUUUUUCAAUUAAUGGAGAAUAACCGUUUCUGAAAGAAGUGAAACUGCGAGAGACAUUAAGAGUAUGGCCAAUGUGACCUGAUGUAUGUAGCUUGGUAGGUAUCAAACUAUGAGUCAUGUCUUCAGACCUGGUCUCUUGGGUUCAGUGAGAAGUAUGGCAACAUGAGGACAGUGGUUGCAUUUGGUGAUGGUGUGUAACUAAGGCUCUGUUAUAACAGUUCACCCUAGAAUGAUCUCUAGGAUACACCAAAGUGCAAGUCACAUCGUCUGUGGCCGUAAUUUGAGAAUACAAAUGCCAACACCAUCCUUAAGGAAUUCUAGUCUCAUUUGGUGUAUAUUUUAAUGAAAUAUUUGUUACUGCCCACGUGCAUAUCGGUGCUGUUUAUGUAUUAUUCACCUACGUGAGCAUACAUGCACUGUUCGGAAAAAUUCAAAAUAUAUAGAAACAAUGUUGAUUUCCGUGGGCAGUUGUGAACGUAGCAACUUCCUGUCUUGCAUACAGACUUGCUGUGCUACACUCUCAUGUAAAUGUAACCAGCAAGUUUUAGCCUUCUAUGGCCAUCAUCAGAUAUGUUUGCGUAAAUGCUUCACUUUAUUGCUUUUUGUACUUCAUUGUUCAAAAAAUUUUGUUUAAAUUAAUAUAUAUGUCACAGCAUAGCGCAUACACGUCAUCAACAAAUGCAACUGGAAGGUGAAAUAUAAUAAUACAAAAAUGGGUUGAUGGAGAGAAUUCGUGACACGAACAAUCACGGUUUACUUGAGGCAGACCUGUUCAUUUUCACAUGUUCCGACGGUAACCGACAAUAAGUGCGACAUGAACAUGAUCGAACAUGAUCGUCAAAAAGUUUUAUGUCACGCGGUGUCUGACGGAAGACCUAAAAUCCAGAUAACGUGUUAUGCUGAUAAUUGUAUAGAUGAGAGUCGUGAUUUUAACGCACUAGCAUUUACUCGACUGAGUACUGUAAAAAUGUGUAAACAAUGUUGAAGACAUAUUUCUUAGAUAUAAGGCCCCAUAGUCCAGCAGAAGUCCGCCGACGUUUCGGAGGACCGUGCAACCACCAUCUUCAGGAUUGAAGAGCAAGAGAAGCAGGAGUUAAGUGAAACAAGCCGCUUGCAGGAAAUGAAGAUCUGAUAUAGGGUGUAAAUGCCAGUGGAAGGAGCUUACAAGUUGGCCCAGAAGGUGCAGAAGAUGGAGGCAGUACGGCCCAGUGGAACGUCGGAAACGGUCGGAAGACUCCUGCUUAAUUAAAUGACGCUACAUCCCAGAAUAUCAUACUCAUCGAUCUUGUCUCAGUGAGUGUUAGAAUCUCAGACCCAAUAACAGUAUUGUCGUUUGUUAUACACCAUUUACAGCUAAUGUUUGUGACACACGUCAUUGGUGCUUGCGUUGUUAAUUACAGUAUUAAUUGUAAUCACGGAUGUAAACUCCACCCCCAAGAUGGAGAUGAAUGAGCAAGUUCUGUGCUUCAGUCAUUUUAUACCUGAUAAACAUUGGACAUGAGUGGACAUGAUAGGCAUUCAUUUUACAGCAUAAAUCACGACUCCCUUGGCGAUUCUACCAGUCUUAUGACUUGGUAUCAGCGAUUAAAGCAGAAUUUUGUAAAAUUCUAUAUGGGAGAAGUAAUCUUUGGUAAUUCCUUCUUUUAGUCUUGCUGAUCCAUUAACCUUAAGGGUAUAAAUGGCUCUAUUAAAGGACUGCAGAUACGCUGAAUAAAGUGCAAAGUGUGUUUUGAGUUUCUUUUUUUUGGUAUUUUCAAUUUUAAUGGAGACAAAUAUUGUAACCUCUUGCUGACAGAACCACAGCAUCAAGCGUAUGUGAUGUGAGUAGCAUUGUCUUGCAGCAGAACAUGGAUGUGACAAAUUUUGAUGAUAGGACUCAGAAGAUGCCUUCACAGAAUGAUGUUCAGUUCACACCAACAAAACAAAAUCUGUCCAGUGGACUCAGUUUUGUUUGUGUUAACAAUGAUGAGGUAAGUCUUCCAGUUUUUUCAUUUCCCACCUAACUCCAUUGAUUCAAUUUUUGUGUAGUUUUCAAGUAUACCCAGCAGACUUAUUAAUCACUAACAAUUAUAAAACUGAAAUAUGAAAAUAAGAGGCAUUUAUAAAUUCUGCAACUUCUCACUGUAAGUCUCUGUUCAGUAUUUAUAUACCUAAUGCGAACUGACAUCUGUAAGGUUGCAGAUCAUAUGGAACUUGCUUAACUCGGAAGAAAGUAUCAACUUCCUAUUUACCAACUUGCUCUUGUAAUUAGCUCUGCAUCAGGCAAUUUGCUGCAGUUCUUGUUUCAGAUUGUGUACAUGAGCACUGAUUCUUGCAUUGAUGUCUCUGGUGGCGUUAUAACUGACCCACUCAGUGAGACCUCAAGCCCCACACAUUGGUCAACAUAUAACUGUCCUCUUAGUGCCCUUACGUUGGGCUCCACUUAAUCUUCCAUAACCGUCCCUCCUACCUUCCACCUGUGGCUCUGUCUGAAUAGUAGUGCAGGGAGUGGGAGUCGAUGGUGAUCGGCCCCUCUGCUCUGAUGACCGCUUUGACGCUGCCCUACUUGGUGUUGCUGCUGCUGAAGUUGCUAGGUCGUAGCUGGUUUCGACUUGACCCAACUGCACUGCUUCUUCCUUCAGUUGACAUUAUUAGUGUUUGGGUUUCAGGAUUUGGAUCCAAUAAUGUGGGCGGCAGCAAACAGUUAGAGACUGUUUACGAUUCAUAGUAAGUGGAGGAAGGAGUGGGCAUGUGAAAGCUGAAAGUGGGUUUGACUAGUUAGUGGAGAUGAGUCUCUCUUCAGGUCGGAUACUGGUCAGGUUCGGACAAAUGAGGGUGAAGCACCUUUAAUCAACACAAUUCACUGUACCACCACAACACUUUAUUGUUGUUCUUCUUAAAGACACUCGGCUGCAUAAAUUCACACAGUCUGAUUUAGCUUUGGCUUACAAGCAGCUGGUGGUACACUUACACUAAAAUGCACUCAAUCACCUCGCCAAAUUCUUUUGUGCCAUGCUCUGGUUGAUUAAGCUAAAUCUCAAUAUGAGUCGUCAUGAGAGCAAAGUUUUUAGCGCGUGUGAUGUGGGGUUUGCCUCCGCCAAGUUCGAAAGUUUAUAGACGACUAAAGUCUUAGACUGAACUCUCUGCUGAGCCAGAGGUCCUAACUGAGUUGUAUCUGCCUAUUCUCCUCUCCUCUCCUAAUUUUCCUGAUAGGCUGAUUCAAAUAAUAGGAGUUGGCUUAAUUUUUGGUUCCGGCCAAUGACAGUGUGUUUUUAAGGGAAUUUCGCCCUAAAAGACCAAAUGGCGAAAUUGACAACGAUGCAACUUAUGAGGGGCCGCUAAUGAUCUCCUGGCACUCCCACAUUUGACUUACGGCUCGUAGAAACUGUCACUUCCCAAAUUUUCAAAGUGUCUUGCCGCUUUAAGUCUUAAUUCUCAAUUUCUAAAGAAACUCAUUGGGACUUCUUGAAGUAUCACUUUCUGCCCUUUUGGAAAAUAACACCAGAUGCUUGGAUGCAAGAACUAGCAGAUGUCCUUGUCUACGCAAGUUUGGUCAAACUGCUCAUCGCCUAUUCUUUGUUCUUACAGUGUAUCUUAAACCUUUGUUUCUUCAUAAAUUCUUGUUAUUAAUUCUGUGAGCUACUGCAACAAAAAAAGGGGGGAAGAAUUUCGAUGGUGCGGUUACAGCAUGUGAUGUUGUGUUAUCUCACUUCAGAUAAUCACCAUUUGCAUAUUGCAAGGACAUUUCAGUUGAUAGAAUGCAGAUCAGAGGAAUGAAUUAAUUCCUCCUAAGUGCCACCAUGUAAUUGUAAUGUGAUACCUUGAAUAUCCCAUGACCAUUUGUUUUUGCAUUUCCCUGUUUGUUGAUUGUCCUCAGCCAUCAUGCCAUUGAGACUACAUAAACUGAAAUUGACAGAGGCUUAUUAAAUAGCCCACAAAAUAACCCAGUUUGAAAUAGAAUUGUGGUUAGUUGUAUGGUGAACUUUAUUUUCCUGCAGAACAUGAAUGUGAAAGCAGAACCCCAGUCUGAUAAUGAGACUAGGUCAGUAUCGUCUGUGAAUGGUGAUAUGAAACAAGAAGAGAUAUCUGAACCAUUCAGUUUUGUUUCUGUUAAGUGGUCAUACUAUGUUCUAAGCUGCAAGACAAUGACAGUUUAUGCUUUAAUGUAGAAGUGGCACCAAGUAACACACCAAGGUGUGUCUGAAUGCCUGUUGGUGACAUCACAUUAGAGUACGUUAUCUCUCAUUCAUGUUAUUACAUUUAUAUUGUAUGUCACCAACAAAAGUAUUAUUGAAAAUCAUUACUGCUGCUUUACUCUAUAUAUGAUAUAAUGAUGUGUAACUCUUUCUCACAUAUAUUUUCAUCAAUGUUAUAAUGAAUUAUAUACAGGAGGAGCCACUGUGGGAUGGUACUGAAGUGCUGAAAAUUGAGAUAAAACCUAAGGUUGCCAGUGACAGGGCUGAUGAGUUGCAUUUGCUGCAAAGUGAUUGUACUGCAGGUAAUGAGGCUUUCGUGUGUGUCAGUAUUAAGUGUUCCUUACAACCUGAGGUUCUUAGGUCACACACUCAAAUCCACACAGGCCAGAAACCAUUCAGGUGUGACAUCUGCAAUAAAGAUUUUACACGAUGGAAUAAUCUCAUUGCUCAUUCUCGCAUUCACACCGGAGAUAAACCUUACAAAUGUGAAGUGUGUUCCAAAGGUUUUAACACUAAUUCGUGUCUCUUAAAACACUGUCGCAUUCAUACUGGAAUCAAACCUUACAAAUGUGAUGCAUGUGGAAAAAAUUUUACUCAGCGAAGUCACCUUGUGGUUCACACUCGUAUACAUACUGGAGAUACACCAUUUGUUUGUCAUAUGUGCAGUAAGGGAUUCAUAACUCACAAACAACUCUUGGCUCACAUUCGAAGACACACUGGUGACAAGCCAUUCAACUGUGAAAUAUGUAAUAAAACAUUUUACUUGCAUGGGUCACUAAGUGGCCACAUGCGAACCCAUAGUGUACGUAAUCCCUUUAAGUGUGAGUUGUGCAACAGAAGUUUUGGGAGACGUGUUGAUCUCGUGGCUCAUAACACCACACAUACUGGAGAAAAGGUGUACAAGUGUGAUGUGUGCCCUAAACGUUUUGCACGUAAAGGUACUCUUAUGAUUCAUAAUCUACUACUUACAGGUGAUCAUCCCUGUAACUGUGAUAUUUGUUCUGAAAGUUUCACAGUAAAGUGGGAUCUUGUGACUCACACUUGGAAGCACACAGGUCACAAGCCCCACAAGUGUGAAGUGUGUGGUGUGGGAUUCACUCAGCGUCGGACUCUUCUGAAACAUACCCAUACUCUUCCAUAGUUGUUACAGAUCCUAUGGAUGUGAUCAGUGAGGUAGUACAGGUCUGCUUCGUGAGCGUUCUGUAACUUUCUCAUGCAUUCAUAUACUGUAAAACAACUUUCUGGAUUCUGGUCUUGCCUCUAUUCUAACAAAUAGGAAAUAUUUUAUCAAAAUUUUGAUUGUGUGUGAUAUACUACUGAAAUGUGCCAGCUGUACACAUCUAAGCUAGUAUGCAAGGACUGAAUGUACUUUGUGGUGUUACCAUGUCCAAAUUACCCAGUCAUCUUUUCAAUACACAAAAUAAAAUGUUUGUGCAGAGACAAUGUA